UUUUCUCUCUCUUCCCUCAUUUCCCUCCCCCUCAAUCGGAACUCAAUUUUCACUUUUUAAUCCGUAAUUGUUUUCUUGUUAUCGAUUAUGAUAUUAAUAAUUAUACUUUUUAGCUAGAUAUAUAUAUGUAUUUUCUUGGAUUCAAUUCUAGGGUUUCAGUUCAGGUUUAUGGUUUCAUUUUAGUUUUAGCCUUUAAUCCCUAAUUGUUUACUUGUAAGUGAAUAUAAUUUAAUAAAAAUAGCUUUUAUCAGAGUUUUUAUGCAUUAUCAUUAAAUCAUAUGUUUGGGCUUCAGUUUAGUUUGAGGGUUUGGUGAUCAAAUACCUUAUUGUUCAGGAGUAUUUAUCUGUGAUUAUGAUAGGAUAUGAUGCAAUGACAAUAACUUCUAUUUGGGUAUGUCAUUUUAGGGUUUCAGUUUUGGUCUUGGGUUUGAUGAUUUUGUGGUGUGAUUGAGUUUUAAUUUUUUGAUACUUUUUGUUUUUUUUAAUGACUAUGCAGUGUUUGUAGUUUGAUGUGUUUUUUUUAUUAGGUCUUCGCCAUAAUAUGGAUUAUCACCAUACUGAAUAAAAUGGUUAAGGAUUACUGAAUGAAAUUGAAUAAGGAAACUAAAAGAAACUUCUAAAGAAAUGAAAUCUAGAAGAAACAAAAUAAAUUGAAGAGGGAAACUACAAGAAAUUUUUUCAAGAAAGUAAAUUGAAAAAAACAUAAAAAAUUAUCAAAGCAAAGGAUAAUUGAAAGAAGAAAAAACUAGUUGACAAAAGAAGACGGAAAAGUGAAGAAAACAUUGAAGGAGAUGAACUAUGAUGAAAAAAUCUAAAAGAACAUAAAAAGAUGAAUAAUCACAAGAAAGAAGAUAGAAAGAGAAAAAAAAGAAAUCAAGGAAAACUGUAAGCAAACCAGAGCAAAAUUUCUUUCUUUUCCUUCUCUUAAAAGAAGGCAACCUUUAUUUUAAUUGUUAUUGUUAUAUGUCUAAUUUUAAAGGAAAAAUUACCGUGAAUAAUACAAUCUUUUAACUUUUUCCCUAUAAUAAUAUAAACUAUUGAUUAACCAUGAAUAAUAUAACUUUGAGAUGAGUUUUCCACCAACAUCCAUGACCUAUUAGUAACCUAUUAUUGUAGGUCAUAGUUGCGAAAAAUAAAUAAACAAACUAAAAUAAAAAUUUAAAACAAACCUCUCCUAGCCUUUUCAUUACAGCCACCCCAUAUCCUCACCUUCACCCAAUGUCAACCACCCCUCCCCCACCCCCUUUGCUAGCUCCACCUCUUCCCCACUCCCUUCGACAACACCAUCCCUUCCCCAACCUAAGCAACCUAAAAAAAUUAAAACAUCCCCCACUCCUAACCUCUCCACCACAGUCACCCAUCCCUUCCCUUCAUCCACUGUCAGCCACCACUCUCCCACCUCAUUUUCCGGUGCUACUCCACGGUCAGGCACUUCUCACCCACCACUUUGCAGGCACCACCCCCACCCCCACCCCUUUACUCAUCUACACAUGCACCCUUACCCACACUUACAACGAAAAAAAUAAAAUAAAAAAUAAACAACCCCUCCCCUAAUCUCUCCACCACAACCACCUUCUUCCCUUCCUUCCACUACUGUUAGCCAAGAUUUCCUUUUGCAGCGGAAAAGGAGCAUGAUUUUUCGAUUUUAAUUGGAGAGGAAAUCAACAUUUUAGUGGUGCGUGAAUGUGGGGGGAGUGGUGGUGGUGCCUUUGUUGGUAUUGGGGGCUUUGUUGGUGGAGGGUGGCAGCGUAGGCAACAAGGUUGUGGUGAGGAAGGUGGUGCUGUGGUCCAACAUGGAGGCAGGGGAAGGGGAGGCGGUAGGAUGUUGGUGGAUGUUUUGUUUUAAUUUAAUAUUUUAUUUUUUGCCCUAAAGGACCUAUAUUACAGGUUUUAGGUGAAAUUGGAUGUUGGUGGAAAACUCAUCUCAAAGUUUAUAUUAUUCAUGAUUAAUCAAUAGUUUGUAUUAUUAUAGGGAAAAAGCUGAAAGGUUGUAUUAUUCACGGUAAUUUUUCCAAUUUUAAAUUCAUUUUCUUCAAAUAAAACACUGAAAGCAUUUAAAGCUCAAAGUGAUUUUUGUAGAGCCUAGCCUCCAUUUUAGUCGCACUUUUUAAAACUAACAAUGUGAUUUUCUAGAGCCUCCAUUUCAGGUGCACUUUUUAAACUAAGGUAGUUGUGUACUCUAUCUAGAGUUAUUGGUAAUAAUUGAAAGUUGGGCCAAUCAAGACCGGUUUAUGCAUGUUGAGAAGAAUGCUAGAUUACUGAUAAGUGAGAGGACAACAAACUAGUGACAUUUUGCUCUCCCUUGAAAGGCUUAUGUUUUGUACUUUAGUAAUUAUUUUCAAAUCGCAACUUUUUCUCUUACAACUAAGAAAUUUGGGAGAAUUGGUGCAACCAAAAAAAUGCAUGAGGUAUAGGGGUGGUUAGGGCGAGAAGUCAAACAUUGAUGUUUAUGUAUGUUUUCACUAUUGCAAGAGGUUAUAGUUUGCUCCCUACACCAUUCAUCUGUUUUGCAAAAUGUUAAUUGUAUGAUAAAAUGCGAUUGAACUAAGUACUAAGUGUGAAAAUCUGAAAUAGGUUUUCAAAUCAUUGUACUUAGUUAUGCGCACAAUUUUUCCUAUCAAAAUAUUAGAAAAUACAAUAUAUUGACUUCUGGCUCUAAGGUAUCUUGCACCAGUAUUCUGUUACUCUUAUUCAGUUGAUAUGAUGAUGUUCCAUUACAAAAAUUGCUAUGCUUAUGUGUUUUCUAAUUGAAGGCUUUGGAAAUUUAUCAAUUUCAAAGAAAGAAAGUCUUUUGUAGUCGAUAGAGAUGAUUCAAAUGAUGGUGAGGUAUUAGGUAAUGAACAAUAUGAUGACUGCACGUGAAUUUAUCUGUAAUUUCUAAUAAUGUUUGCAUAUGUGUAAACUUUUAUUGCUCAUGUACUUUUCUUGCUGUUGGCAUGUCAUUUGAAUCCUUGAAUGCUUGGGAGUUGGUAGAAUGAAAUUUGAAGCCGUGCCAAUCUGAAUCCAAAUGAUUUUAUCUGAAUGAGUGAGCAUUAUGGGCCAGCGCCUCGUCUGAGGAGCUGUUUUUGUGUUUUUUUGUUUUGUUGCUUGAUUGACUUUGUCUGAACAUGCCCCCAUGGUGUUACCUUGAGGGUCUCAACUCAAGGUAGUUUUUUCCUGCUGAUAAUAAUCAAGAGUAGCAGGAUAUAUACGUUGUACUCACUUUGGGGGUUCUAGGUAGCCCCUAAUUUAAUUUGACUGGCAUAUCCGCAUAUGUAGAUUGUGCUUACUGUAGUGUGAUUGUAAGUUUGACCUUUGAAGCAUGUGGUACCUGCACAUGGACAGUUCCAUCCAAUCUAUCAUGAACUGCUAUCUAUUCCUGACUAAGCUAACAUGAUCUCAUUGUGGUUGCUUUUAGAAACUCAUACUGCCAGAAGCUCUUGCAUCCUUGUUCGUUGGGAAGGUAAUUGAAGCUAUUUUUCAUCAUGGAUAUAGAUCUUAGAUUACCAUCUGGGGUGCAAGAUCGGCAAGAUGAAGAUGAAAAUGCUGUUAGUGAUAUGUUAGACAGAGAAGACAAACUAGAUGAUGGAGUAGAUGCGGAGGAUGCUCUACAUGCUGGUGAGGUGCAUGUUGAAGAUGAGCUAACUCUGAACUCUACUAUAUCAGAUACGGGUGAUUUUAAAGAAGAUGCAAACCUAGAGCCUCUAGCUGGUAUGGAAUUUGUAUCACAUCAGGAAGCAUAUGCUUUUUAUCAGGAAUAUGCUCGUUCAAUGGGAUUUAACACAGCUAUUCAAAACAGUCGCCGUUCAAAGACAUCAAGAGAGUUUAUAGAUGCAAAGUUCGCAUGUUCAAGAUAUGGAACCAAGAGAGAGUAUGACAAAGGCAACCGUCCCCGUAUUCGACAAUGUAAUAAGCAAGAACCUGAAAGUGCUACUGGUCGACGAUCUUGUGGAAAGACCAACUGCAAAGCAAGUAUGCAUGUAAAAAGGAGGCCAGAUGGCAGGUGGGUGAUACAUAGUUUUAUUAAGGAGCACAACCAUGAACUUUUACCUGCUCAAGCUGUCAGUGAACAAACGAGAAAAAUGUAUGCUGCAAUGGCUAGAAACUAUGCCGAAUAUAAAAAUGUGGUUGGUUUAAAGAAUGAUUCGAAGAUUCCAUUUGAGAAAAAUCGUAAUUUUUUACUAGAAGCAGGGGAUGCUAAGCUCUUGCUUGAUUUUUUCACACGGAUGCAAAAUGUGAAUUCUAACUUCUUUUAUGCUGUAGAGCUAAGUGACGAUCUGCGAUUGAAGAGUUUAUUAUGGAUUGAUGCCAAAAGUAGGCACGACUAUGUGAAUUUUAAUGACACGGUCUCUUUUGAUACGAGCUAUAUAAAAAACAAAUAUAAAAUGCCUCUUGCCCUUUUGGUAGGGGUCAAUCAACACUAUCAGUUCAUGCUGCUUGGAUGUGCUAUAGUUUCUGAUGAAAAUCCAGCGACAUACUCAUGGAUACUUCAAACAUGGUUGAAAGCAAUGGGUGGAUUAGCUCCAAAAGUGAUUGUUACUGACCAAGAUAUUGCUAUUAAGUCGGCUGUUUCUGAGGUUUUUCCAGGUACUCAGCAUUGCUUUCAUUUGUGGCAUAUUCUGGGAAAGGUUUCAGAAAAGUUGGGCCAUAUCAUUAAGAAACAUGAAAAUUUUAUGGCAAAAUUUGACAAAUGCAUUUACAGAUCUUGGACUGAUGAGGAGUUUGAGAAGCGGUGGCAGAAACUUAUUACAAGAUUUGAACUUAAUAAAGACAAUGACUGGCUUCAGUCACUUUUUGAAGAUCGUAAACUAUGGGUUCCAUUAUAUAUGAAGGAUUCUUUUUUAGCUGGAAUGUCCGUUGUCCAGCGUUCUGAGAGUAUUAAUUCUUACUUUGAUAAAUAUGUACAUAAAAAGACUACAGUUUCUGAGUUUUUAAAGCAUUAUGAUACAAUUAUUCAAGACAGAUAUGAGGAGGAAGCCAGAGCUGAUUCUGAGACAUGGAAUAAACAACCAGCUUUGAAAUCUCCAUCUCCUUUAGAGAAGCAUUUGUCAACUUUAUAUACGCACGCGGUGUUCAAGAAAUUUCAAGUUGAGGUUUUGGGUGCAGUCGCAUGCCAUCCUAAGACAGAAAGACAAGAUGAGGUGUACACCACUUUUAGGGUUCAAGAUUUUGAAAAGAAUCAAGAAUUCUUUAUUACAUGGGAUCCGAUGAAAUCAGAAGUUUCUUGCAUGUGCCAUCUGUUCGAAUACAAAGGUUAUCUUUGUAGACAUGCAAUGGUUGUUUUCCAAAUGUGUGGCCUUUCCAUGAUUCCAUCUCAAUACAUAUUGAAGAGGUGGAAGAAAGAUGCCAAAGUUAGGCAUCUGAUUGUAGAAGGGACUGAACAGGUACCAUCCAGGGUCCAACGGUAUAACGAUUUGUGUAACCGAGCUAUGAGGUUGGGUGAAGAGGGAUCACUAUCUCAAGAAAGUUACACGAUCGCCCUCCGUGCUCUAGAUGAAGCAUUUAACAACUGUAUUGGGGUGAAUAAUGUUUGCAAGACUCUUCCGGAAGUCAGCACAUCAGCUAAUCAUGGGCUUCUCUGCAUUGAAGACGACAGUCCCAGUAGGAGCUUUAGCAAGACCAUUAAAAAAAAGCAUCCUACCAAAAAACGGAAGAUUAACACAGAAGCAGAGGCAAUGACUAUUGGGUCACAAUAUAACUUGCAACAAAUGGAUAAGCUGGGAUCCAGACCUGUAAGACCUCUAGACGGAUUCUAUGGCCCACAACAAGGUGUUCCAGGAAUGGUGCAACUGAACUUGAUGGCUCCAACCGAUAAUUAUUAUGGAAGUCAACCAACAAUUCAAGGACUUGGACAAUUGAACUCAAUUGCGCCUAGCAACGAUGGCUAUUAUGGUCAACCAGGCAUGCAUGGGCUAGGUCAGAGUCAGAUGGAUAUUUUCCGCUCACCAACUGGUUUCUCAUAUGGAAUUCGGGAUGAGGCCAAUGUUAGGUCUGCACAGUUACACAACGAUGGAGGACCAAGACAUUCUUAAAAGACAUCCGCUAUUCUUCCUUAAACCGGUUCUUGGAGAUUGGAUCGCGGAAGGACUUGGUAAAAACAAUUUUAUUGUUUUUGUAGAUUUAGAUCACCUUAAAAGCUUGUCUCCUGAACAGCAACCCGAAGAAUAUUUAGCGUCUCACCUCUUGGCGUUCGCGAGUCUGGGAGACCUUGUCGUGUACACUCCUUUAGUUUCAUGUAAAAGUAGAAUCAGGGCUUACCAAAUUACUCGUGUUAUGCUAGGAUUGUAUUCUAAGUGUACAAACCCGUUGUAUAAUUCUUUUAUACAUCUAGUUUAAUUGUUCAAUGUUAGUUACAAUUUUGUAAGCUUCUGUUCAUGUUAUCUCUGUCAAUCAAGGUUGCAGCAUCUCGGAGACUGUUGAUCUAUUGAUAUUGAGGCAUUCCGACUCUGAUCAUAGACGGGCAAAAGGUAACUUGUGAGAUGCGAAUAAAUCAUGAUGAUGUUGUCAUAGAUAGAACUUUCAUUUGAAACCCGCAUGUAAAUCAUUUUAUUGAUCUUAAUUCGACCAAAUUUGUUUAAAACUGAGAAUAUGGUCAGUGAUUGAGGGCUUUUGCUUUCAUUCUUGUAACAAAGGUUUGAUUUGAUGUUCGAUUUUCUUUCUUGACCGUAGGGGUUUUCUAUUAUACUUCAAACAAAAAAAUUUAAAACUACACGUUCCACUUUUGCAAAAAAUAAUAAGAGUUCAAUAUCAACUAGGCUAUUAUUUAAGAAUUUACGUAAGAUUUAGAAUAUGAUUAAACUGAAGUAUCGUAAUCUAUACUAUGAGAUACGUUGUAACUUUGCAUGCCACAAGUAUAUUUAUUCAGUAAUAAUUUAUAAACAAUUUUAUUUUAAGUUUGUAUUAACAAAAUAUUUCAAACAAUAUAAUUUAUAUAUUUAGUAAUUCUUUUGUUUUCCUUUUUAUAUGAUAUAUGAUUUUAUUUUAACCGCAAGCAAA